AUGUGUUCAAUAUUAGUAUCAGUGUUCGGCAACCAGCCUGCCCAACAGCCAGUAGGCGGCAGCCUGUUCGGUACUGGAGGCAGCCUGUUCGGCAAUACCCAGGGUCAGCAGCAGCAACCCGCUCAACAAGCUAACCAACAAGGCGCAUUUAGCUUAUUUGGUGGAGCAAAACCCGCUGUGUCAACGACUCAGCCGACUGGUAGUUUGUUCGGCGGUGGCACGUUCGGACAACAAGCCCAGAACAUGACUUCUACGCAGCCAUCAAGUAUUUUUGGUGCCCCUCUUGGUCAACAGCAAAGUACACAGUCAGGGACUGGCUUAUUUGGUGGUGGCAGUCUAUUCGGUAAGCCUACCGCCACACCUCUAGGAUCAACCCAGAGUCAAUCAAGCGGCGGAGGGCUAUUUGGAAAUACCCUUGGCGCCUCUACGAACGCAAUGAAUGCUUCGUCGUUGGGCCAAAAUGCUCAGACGCCUUUGACUGCUUCUAUCGCUCAACCCAUUGCAACAAGUUUGCCCAUCUUUAGUAUGCUACCCCCUGGUCCUCGCGCUGUAAAUCUGGAGCAAUCACCGAAAAAGAAGCCUGGUUACUUCGUCGAUGUACCCACGCGAUCGCCUGUCCCACAGUUGGGGCUCAGCUACGCGCCGGCGAGCACAAAGCUCCGUGGUUUUGGAUCCACAUCCGUUGCACCUGGAGCAGGCACCAAUGGCAGCGGUUCAAUAUUCGGUGGUCCGAGCAAACCCAAUGCGUUGUCGCUUAGCAAGGCCACAAACGGCAAGAGUAUGCUGGGACCCGAGGCGUUCUUGACUGGGGGAGGACCCAGUCCAACGUUAGGUAGUGGCAAUAGGAAGAGCGUGAAGAAGCUCGUUUUGGAUAGGAAAGUUGAGCCAUCAGAUCUAUUCGGCAAAUCGGGCGUUCAAGGCAGCAAGGUCACUUUCAGCCCUGCUCUCAGCGUAGCUGCGCGUGAAAGAGAGGCCGCUGCUGCUGCUACCAGAUCAUCUCCCGCACUGCAACCUCCGGAAUCACCAUCACCGGCUUCUCAUGCUGCGCGAUCGCUGAAUCGCUUCUCAGCUCACAGUACACAUAGCGUACUUGGGACGUCCACUCAUCAGGAACAAAGCUCGCCCGCGAAGGAGAAAGCCUCCGCUGAACUUCAGGAGGGCGACUACUGGAUGAAGCCCGAUUUGGAGACUCUGAAGAAGACUGGGCACGAAGAACUCAUGUCGCUGAAGGGUCUAGUCGUUGGUCGUCAAGGCUAUGGCCAGAUAACGUUCUUAGACCCUGUCGACCUCACGAACGUUCCGAAGCUGGCUGGGUUACUAGGUGAACUUGUACGUUUCGAUGACAAGGAGUGCAGUGUAUACCCGGAGUAUGAUGAUGCUGAGAAGCCCCCUUCUGGCUCGGGAUUGAAUGUUCGGGCGAAGAUCGAACUUAUUCGCUGCUGGGCGCUAGACAAAGCUACCCGAGAGCCCAUCAAGGACGAGAAGCAUCCACACGCAGUGCGGCAUCUGAAGCGGCUGAAGAAUAUGAAGCAUACACACUUCGAGAACUACGACAUUGAGGAAGGGAAAUGGACAUUCACUGUGGACCACUUCUAA